GUGGAAGCUACAGGAGAUAACAACCACGCAGUAACGGGUGAGCUCCUCCUUUGGACUGGGUCAGCGAGCAGAGAAGAGCUGGAUAUGGCUGGGUACAAGCAGAAGGUGAUUUCUCUAACCAAGAGGCAGGGUCAGACAUUUGGCUUCUAUCUCAGGGUGGAGCAUGGCGAGGAGGGUCACCUGGUUCGCUGCCUGGAAAUGGGAGGACCGGCCGAACUGGCAGGCAUGAAAGAUGGAGACCGCAUUAUCCGGGUCAAUGGAACAUUUACUGAUGCACUGUCCCAUUCCGUGGUGGUGGACCUGGUGAGAAACAGCGGACCCUCAGUCACGUUCCACAUCUUGGAUGAAGCCUCCUACAAGCAAGCAAAAGCACAGGGAGUAAACUUCUCCCAGCCUCAAAACAAACCGGUCACUAACGGUGUCGAGAAACAAGCUCCAAAACCCAAACUCUGCCACCUGCUCAAGUCUAGCUCAGGAUACGGGUUUUCUAUUCGCUCAGUCAAAGGUGAGCCUGGUUUGUUCAUGACGGAGGUGACCCCAGGAGAUGUGGCUGACAGAGCCGGGGUCAAAGCCAACGACCGCCUGUUGGAAAUCAACGGAGAGUCCAUCGAAGACUACACACACGACCAAGUUGUGGACAAGAUCAGGCUGGCAGGUAGCAGCAUUAUGUUCCUAUUGGCUGAUGAGGAAACAGACAAGCACUAUAAGAGCAAGCAUAUGAAGAUCGAAACCUGGUUUGCGACGACCAAGUACCUCCCUCACAAGCCGCGCAUAAUCAACAUGACCAAAGGACCUGAUGGAUAUGGCUUCUUGCUCAGGGAAGAGCCCAACCAAAGAGGACACUUCAUCAGGGACAUAGACAGAGGCAGCCCCGCAGAAAGAGCAGCUCUGAAGGACAUGGACAGACUGGUGGCUGUGGACGGCCAGGAGAUGGACAGCUGCACCCAUGAGCAGGUGGUGGAAAAGAUCAAGCAGAGUGGCAAAGAUUGCUGCUUCCUGGUGGUGGACAAAGACACGGAUCAAAUGUACUGGCAGGGGAGAGUGUCUCCUCUGCUUUUCUGGGAGGAGAUGAAGGAUUCACCACCCAGUUACACAGAGGCCAUCAAUUUACCUGCUCCUGUCCAACAACCCACACCAGUCCAGGAGAGGGAAGAGAAGCUCAAGCCAAAACUCUGUAAGAUGGAGAGGACCUCAGCUGGGUAUGGCUUCCACCUUAACGGCAUCCAAGGAGUUCAUGGACAGUACAUUAAGGUGGCAAAGGGUGGAGUGGCUGACCGGGCAGGUCUGGAAGACGAGGACGUUGUGGUGGAGGUGAAUGGAGUGAACGUGGAACAGAGUGCCCAUGAGGAGGUGGUGGAAAUUAUCCGUAACAGUGGCAGCUCUCUGGAGAUGCUGGUGGCUAAAAGGAGCGUCUAUGACGAGCUCAAAGCUCAAGAAGUGGCCAUCACGCGGCUGCUACUUGAGGAAACCUCCUAUGUUCAAGUUCACAAUCAAGAGCGCAGCAAGGAGGAGCAACAUCAGGAGGAGGCCAGGCCUGAAACACCAUCUGAACCAGCAAGAGAGCGGACCUCGUCAGUGUCAUCAUCUGCAUCUCAAGAAAGUGUCGACGAGAGGCUCUGAGAUCUCACCCUGAGGACACAUUCCCUGAUUUGGCCUUUGUCAAUUUAACAUUGAUCCAUUGUGUUGGUUUUUAAAUCAGCUCUGUGAGCUUCACUUCUUUCAAUUAAUAUCACACAAGAGACAAAGGAAAACAGAAUGAAGGCGAAAAAAGACUUCCUAAAAUUCACUGUCACGUAUUCACUGCAAUUUUCAAUCAAAUAAGAAAAGCUGCAUUAGCUUUAUGGAAAUGGAAAAGAACACAAACAUGUUCCUGAAAACUAUAGAGUAUGGCGGUAAUGAGAUCUACUUGUUGAUGAACCUGUGUGAUGAUAACUUAUAUCUCCCUACGAAACAAAACUGCUGCUAAUAUUUAAUGAUCUAAGAAUAAAAUU